CCGGAGUAAACAUGGCCGCCGCGUUGGUAGUGAUGUCAUCUCUGUGAGCCGAGGUCCCGGUUCCGGCCACACGUGGUGCUGCCAGUGUUUACCAUGAAGGUGAAGGUGCUGUGCAGGAAUCCGGACGACUAUGUGCGGGAGACCAAGAAGGAUCUACAGAGAGUUCCUCGGAACUAUGAUCCUUCCCUGCACCCGUUUGAAGUUCCCCGGGAGUACACCAGAGCCCUCAACGCCACCAAGCUUGAGCGUGUCUUUGCCAAGCCGUUCAUUGCUUCAUUAGAUGGUCACAAAGAUGGCAUCAACUGUAUGGCGAAACAUCCCAAGAGCUUGUCAACUGUGUUCUCCGGAGCCUGCGAUGGAGAGGUGAAGAUUUGGAAUUUAGUCUCUCGGAAGUGUACCAGGACCAUACAGGCACAUGAAGGAUUCGUCCGAGGGCUCUGUGUUCGCUUUUGUGGAACAUCAUUUUUUACAGUAGGUGAUGACAAGACAGUAAAACAGUGGAAGAUGGAAAGUCCAGGAUAUGGAGAGAAGGAGGAACCUAUACAUACAAUACUGGGAAAGACUGUCUUUACAGGGGUGGACCAUCAUUGGAGGGACCCUGUGUUUGUCACAUGUGGGCAGCAGGUGGACGUCUGGGAUGAGCAAAGGACGAGUCCAAUGAGAUCUUACGCCUGGGGAGUGGACAGCAUUUCAAGCGUCCGAUUUAACCCCAUUGAGACACACAUUUUGGGAAGCUGCGCAGUUGACAGAAGUAUUGUCCUUUAUGAUAUGCGGAAGCCUACACCACUGAAAAAGAUUAUUCUAGAGAUGAGAACAAAUGCAAUCUGCUGGAACCCCAUGGAAGCUUUUAUUUUUACAGCUGCUAAUGAAAACUACAAACUGUACACCUAUGACAUGCGCUACAUGGACAGUCCAGUAAAGGUGCACUUGGACCACGUUUCUGCAGUCCUGGAUGUUGAUUAUUCCCCUACCGGAAAGGAAUUUGUAUCUGCCAGCUUUGAUAAAUCCAUUCGCAUGUUUUCGGUUGAAAGCGGCCACAGCAGGGAAGUGUAUCACACAAAGAGGAUGCAGCAUGUAACCUGUGUCAGAUGGUCAGCGGACAACAAAUACAUUCUGUGCGGUUCCGAUGAAAUGAACAUUCGCAUAUGGAAAGCCAAUGCUUCAGAAAAACUUGGCCUGCUGACGCCACGUGAGAAGGCCGCUCAGAACUACAACCAGAAGCUAAAGGAAAAAUUCCAGCAUCACCCACAAAUCAAGAGAAUUUCAAGGCACAGACACCUCCCCAAAUCUAUAUACAGCCAGAUAAAGGAGCAACGCGUUAUGAAGGAAGCUCGUCGCAAGAAGGAUGUGAAUCGUCGCAAACACAGCAAAGCGGGCACAGUGCCAAUUUUAUCAGAGAAGCAGAAGCCUGUGGUGGCCGUGGUGGACUAAGGCUAUCCUUUGCCGUGUCAGUUUGUGGACAUGUGGCUAUAAGGGCACAGUAUUUCUUUCAAUGCUUUUGGGACUCGGACCACAAACCCAAAAAUGUAUUUUUCAUAUCUGGGCAGAGUCAUCAAGGAACAUGUCUGUUUGGAAUAUCCCUUGUAAAAUGUUGGUUUUAUUUUCAAAAACAAUAUGAACAUGUGACUUAAGACGCCUCUAAGUUAAAAGUAACGGGGGAUGUGAGUGAUGCGGGAUUGGGGGGGGGGGAGGUCCUCUCUACUCGGACAUCUCUUUGUACUACAAUUUUAAAGCAUGAUAUGUUUGGUAUCUAUUUACAUGGCGUAACAUCAUUUUUACC